AUUUUAUUUUCCGAAGUCGUCGUGGUGUGGUUUUUAUCUGCAUAUGGCGAACUUAGUCUUGUAAAGAAGUUUUAUAUUAAGUUCUAGAACAUUGUCGUAAAGUCGCUUAUUUGUAGUGUAAUUUUGAGGGUAUUUUUCUUUCACAUUUAUAAAUUUAUAAUUUUCCAUAAUUGCGUGCAUUGGUGCAACAAUUCGGAUGUUGGGAAAGUAAGGCGGAGGUUGAUAAGAAUAUUCGAUUUUUUUUAUUACAUUGCUGAAUCUAAAUUUUUUGGUUUCCCAAAAGUUACCGUCCAAAAGGGCGCUAAUAUUUUAUAUGACUUUAGUAAGACACAAAGAGACAUUAUUAACAAAAAGCAUAGUUGGGAGUUUAGGGCCCGAGCCAGCGAGGUGUAUGACUUCGCAGCGACGUGAGCCCACCUGUUAUAGGACUACAAAAUUUUCAUCUAAUAGGCAUCGGAAACUACAACCUUUCAGAGAAACGUGACUGGUUACCCUAUCAACAUUCAAAAUAAUAAAGCAGCAAGUAUUACCGGCAGCGGUGAAGGCAACUCAGCUCAAAGCUAUCACCAUUUUUUUGCCUAACAGUUCGUCUGACAACCAUCACCAUGAGUGUCAACGUAAACAGAAAUGUCAGCGAUGUUUUCUAUCGCUACAAAAUGCCACGUCUUAUGGCCAAAGUAGAAGGUAAGGGUAAUGGCAUCAAAACUGUCAUCGUUAAUAUGGCUGAGGUGGCUAAGGCCCUCGGCAGACCACCCACUUACCCCACCAAGUACUUUGGCUGCGAGUUGGGCGCUCAAACCCAGUUUGACUUCAAAAAUGAACGUUUCAUUGUUAAUGGUUCCCAUGACGCCUCCAAGCUGCAGGAUCUUCUGGAUGGCUUCAUUCGCAAAUUUGUCCUGUGCCCUGAAUGCGACAAUCCUGAAACCGAUCUAAUAGUGUCCCUAAAAAGGGGCACCAUCUCUCAGGGCUGCAAAGCCUGCGGUUACCACGGACUGCUUGAAUCCAACCAUAAACUAGUAACGUUCAUUCUCAAGAACCCUCCUAAUCUAAAUCCUGCAGUCCAAGGCUCUUCACUGACUGAGGGAAAACGAUCCAAACGUAGCAAACGCAAUGGUGAGACCAACGGCGAACAAGACGAUCACGCCGACGGUGGUGAUACGUCAGUUACUGACAAGUCGGUUGAUAACGGAGGUAGUGACGACGAUCAGACGGAAUGGGCAGUCGACGUAUCUGAAGAGGCGGUUAGGGCUAGAAUGCUUGACUUGACUGAUGGGGCCAAGAACAUGACCAUCAGCGACGAUCUGGAGAAGUCCGAAAAGGAACGGAUGGACAUUUUGUACAAUAUGGUGAAGGCGAAAAGGGAUGCCGGCGUCCUUGAGAACGUUCAGACCCAAAAGGAGAUUUUGAAUGAGGCCGAACGUCUUGAAAUCAAACCGAAAGCUCCGCUCGUCCUGGCAGAGUUACUUUUCGAUCACAACAUCCUUAAGGAAGUGAAGACAUACCGUAUGCUGUUUUUGCGUUUCACACUGAAUGAUAAGAAGGCUCAACGUUACCUCAUGGGAGGCUUGGAGCAGGUCAUCGCACUGCAUCGUGACAAGCUGAUGAGUAUAGUGCCGGGUUUGUUGAAGGUGUUUUACGAUAUGGAUAUACUUGGGGAAGCGUGUAUCAUCGAUUGGUCCGACAAAGUGUCGAAAAAAUAUGUGUCAAAGGAGGUAAGUCAGGAAAUCCACGACAAGGCGGCUCCGUUCAUUAAAUGGCUGAAAGAGGCCGAUACGGAAGACUCUGAUAGUGAAGAGGAGAGCGACGAUGAUGUGGAAAUUGAAUAUAACGACCGUGCACAAAUUCAGCUGAAGGCAACCCCUCAAGUCAAAGAGAAGAAACCAGAACCCGAAGACGAAGGGGAGGACGAUGUGGACAUCGAUGCCAUUUAAUUUCCCUUUACAGGGCGUGUCAAGGAUUGUGUUAUUUUUAACAUACGUUGUACACAAUCCCUGAAUUUUAUUAUGGUUUUUUUUUUACUUUUCACCGGGUAAUGGUUCAAUGCUCCCUAGAACUUUUAACCAUUACCUUUUGUAUGUUUAUCAUGUCAUUUUUAUUUACUGUUUACCGAUACUGCAAUAUUUAGCUAAAUUUCAUGAAACAGCAUUUCCUUAUACUCAACAAUGGGUUUUUUUUAUAUUAAUAGAGUUAUUAAACUUUACAAUAAAGGAUUAUAUUUACUAUGAUUAGAUUAGGUUUGAUAUUUUCCCAUGGCUGUCAAAUGUAUACUUAUAUACGUGGGUAUCCAUUUUAUUAUUGUUUCAAUGUCAAAAUAAAUGGAUUUUAAAAAA